GCCUCGAUGCCGCAAUGCAAUACUUCUUAGAAUCGCAGAGCCGUUCUCAAGCGACUUUCUAUACUAAGUACGAAAUUCCCGCGAGAACAAGCAAGUAAAUCCGUACCAAUAACUAGAACGGCGACUGGCUGUUAAUGCCAUGGGAAGCUCGAAAUCUCACGGUGCUAGUAGACCUUAUCUCUACCAGCGUAGUCCCUGCCUUUGCCUUCUAUCUUUCAUACCUCGUACUUUGUAUAUAUAAUAUACCCCGUGCGAUGCCAUUACACCUCGUGCCACAUGUCUCCGAAAGACGUUCGUGCAGCGGACGAGGCUCUAUUAGCGGCUUUGGGUUAUAAGCAAGAAUUCCAGCGUGCUUUUACUCCUCUUGAGGUUUUUGGAAUCGCGUUCUCAAUCAUCGGUCUGGUGCCCUCAAUAUCUUCGGUUCUUUUUUAUGCGAUUCCCAACGGAGGUGGGCCCGCCAUGGUUUGGGGGUGGGCCGUUGCGAGUAUUUUCAUACUAUUUGUUGCGCUGGCAAUGGCCGAACUAGCCAGUUCUGCUCCUACCUCUGGAGGAUUGUACUACUGGACCUAUUCAUUCUCGUCUCCCCGCUGGCGUAAUCUACUCUGCUGGAUAGUCGGAUGCCAGUUCCUCCAUAUGAACACGAUCGGAUCUAUAGGAAACGUGGCUUCGACUAACUGGGGAUGCGCUGUUCAAGUCAUGGCUGCAGCCAAGAUUGGCUCUAAUAACCAAAGCUUCGAGCCAACGAACACCCAGCUUUUUGGCGUAUAUGUCGCUAUAAAUCUCACUCAUGUUGUAAGCUGCUGUCUGGGCACGACCGUUUUGGCAAGGUUGCAGUCCGUGUACGUCGCUCUCAACAUCCUGUUAUGCAUAGGGGUUAUCGUCGCCUUGCCUACCGUUACUCCGCCGGAAUUCAAGAACACCGCACACUUUGCAUUAGGCGAAUUCGUUAAUCUGAACAGAUGGACAGAUGGCUUCGCAUUCAUAUUGAGCUUUUUGGCGCCACUUUGGACUAUUGGUUCAUUCGAUUGCAGUGUGCACAUAAGUGAGGAAGCAUCAAAUGCCGCGACUGUCGUUCCUUGGGCAAUCGUACUGGCGGUAGGCAUCGCUGGAGUGUUGGGCUUGGCAAUUAACAUGACCCUCGCUUUCUGUAUGGGUUCAGAUGUGCAGGCAAUAAAUGAUAGUACCCAGCCUAUGGCGCAAAUUCUGUUCAAUGGUUUUGGGCAGAAAGGAACGUUGGGUAUCUGGGCGAUUAUUGUAUUGGUACAAUACAUGAUGGGUUCCAGUAUGCUUCUAGCUGCUAGUCGACAGACAUACGCGUUUAGCAGAGAUCAAGCCCUUCCGUUUUCCAACUGGCUGUACCGAAUGAAUAGCUAUACGAAAACACCAGUUAACACUGUCAUUUUCGACGCUGGCUUCUCAAUAUUGCUAGGACUACUCUCAUUCGCAGGACAGAAUGCCAUCAACGCUAUAUUCUCCAUAUCUAUUAUUUCAUUGUACGUUGCAUACAGCAUCCCCAUCGCUGCCCGCUUUAUCAGAAAGAACGACUUCAAGCCUGGGCCGUUUUAUCUCGGGAUUUUUAGCUUUCCGAUCGGACUAAUAGCUGUACUGUUCAUGGUCUUCACGAGUGUAGUGUCCAUGUUCCCUAUGACUCCACAAACGACGGUUCGAGACAUGAACUACUCCGUUGUAGUGCUAGGAGGUGUGACGAUUUUCUCGUUGAUGUGGUACUACUUCCCGAAAUAUGGUGGAGUUUACUGGUUCACGGGUCCUAUUCCUACGUUGGACCCCAUUACGCUCGUAUAAGAGGACAUGCUCGAAAAGGAGACAGUCAAUAUUGUUGCAGAGCUAGUUGUAGAAUGAUUGAUAUCUAAAUUUGCUCUCGUUAUCUCGUUAUGUACACGUAAUUAUCAUACAAAGGUAGAAGGUGAAUAUUUACGACGCCCAGAACGAAGC